AUUAUUGAAGAAAGGAAGAGAGGUCGUUUUUGGAAUCUUCAGGUAAUCUCGAGCAACUUCCAAGUUGCUUGGCGGUGAAGGCUGCGUCAUUUGAAGGGAUUCGACGUCGCUGACCUAAACAACAUCUGAUCUAUCACCAUAUUGAAACCUCAACUUAUAUCACGGGUCAGAAGACUUACAAACCGAUUUCGCAUCAGAGUCACCUUUGCAAGUGAUACUAGUAUGCCGGGCAACCCAGAUAUCUGCCCUCCAGCAUCAUCAUCUUCUCCACCAGCAAGCCUCACCCAUCAGGCUGUCAGUCUUGCUUAACCCUCCUCAGCAUGUUCGGAGUCUUCAUUCCCGCACGACCGGUCAUUCCUGAGAUGGCCACGGUCUCUCAGAACCAGUUCGCUGUGUCAUUUCCUGCCUCACCGCAGUUUCACAACGUCGGCGUCUUCAUGCACCCGAACAACAUGCUGCCUCCCGAUACCGCUGCAGGGGUGUACAUGCAACUACCCGGCGAGCAAGGGUUCAAGUUCCUCGGCGCAAUUGGCAACGAGAAACCAUCAGCUUUGUUCAAGGUGAAUAUCCCGGAUUCAAUGGCGGCAGGAGAAGUCAACCUCGGAAUCUCCGUUGAACCAGCUCAGAAUAUACAAGCACAAAUGUCCCAGUUACAACAAAAAUCCUCAACGGCUAUGGUCGUUGCUAAGCGUCCUCCGGACACCAGAGUACUGGCGCAAAGAAUCAUCAAGAACGCAUUCAACUUCCUCGCCAGCUUUGGCGGAAGCGUGAAUGGUGUCGAGGUGGUGCCAGUCAAGAGCUUUCAAGAUUGGUGGACCAAAUUCGAAAGGAGAGUGCAGAAUGAUCCAAGCUUCUUGGAAAAAGACCAAGACUGAAGGCAAAGUCAUCUACAACGGUCUACCAGAACGUCCCGCCCAGAGAUUCUACCCAACGCCUCGCCAUCUAGUUACUCGCUCAAUCAAAGCAGUUCUUCGCGAGACCUGCGACUCGAGAAAAAUCACCAAUUCAUCGCCAAAAUCUCCUGUUUCGACCAAAACUUCCUCAUAUUCUCCGCACCAAGCAUGCGGACCUCAUCGUCCAGAUGCGACCA